AUGGCUGAUAUUUAUCCUGAAAUGAUAUGUUUCAUUUGCAAUCAAGCACUGGGUUAUGUGGAACCUAAAUCAGGAUUUCGAAAAUGCGAUCACUAUUUUCAUCAAAUUUGUCUCAACGAUUAUAUAAAGGUAACUUUUUGAAUCUGAAAUCUUGGAGGGAAAAUAUUCGAUGGUCUAUGUAUAGAACGAGAACAAAUUUCAGGAAACUAUUGACAACGAUGAAGUGCCACAUUGUCCAAAAUGUCGUGAACCUGGAAACUGUGUGGAUACUAUCAUUCAAAAUCAAAAUGGAGAAUUUUGUAGAACUUCUCGAAAAUCAUACGACGGUUGUCCAGAAGAAGAUUACAUUUCUAAUAAUAAUUGCACAGUUUGUCAGCUGAAUUGGAAUACGGAAUUCAUUUUGAGUUGUACAAAUUGCCAAACUUCGACACACUCAUAUUGCUUGGAACCAUCCAUCAAAGUUCGUCCAGAUACUUUUUGGGAAUGCAAAGCAUGUUGGAUCAAAGUGAGUUUUUUUAACGAAGUUAUUUAUUUUUUUAUUUAUUCAUGUUAGCUUGAAAGAUUUAUCAUUUUUUCAGGAUUUCACAACAGUUGAUGACGUUUUGCGUAUUGAUCUUCCUAAACAUUUUGGAUUGUUUGAAUUUGAAAAAAACGAUGAUUGGUUAACUGUUCGUGAACCAGAAUUUUUAACGGGGCAAGUUGUUGCAAUUAUUGGAUCGGGACCAUGUGGUUUAGCAGCAGCCGUGCAACUUCACAAUCGAGGACAUUUCGUUCAAGUUUAUGAGAAGAACGAAAAAUGUGGAGGAUUAUUGCGAGAAGGAUUUCUCACCAUGAAAACCUCUCGAAUGUCUGUUGAUCAGCAUUUAGAAAAAUUGCGAAGAUGCGGAAUCAGAUUUUCCUGCAACGAAAAGAUUGGCGAUACUGAAUACGAAAAUCUUCUCAAAAAUUAUGAUGCAGUGUUAAUUUGCACUGGCGCUCGAAUUAUUCACCGUUCUCUUCCAACUAAUAUUGAUAAUACAAUUGGUAUAUGUUCGAAAGGACAUUUUGUCCGCAGUUCAAGACCAGGUGAUGAUCAAUUCAAAGAAUGGAAUCCAGUUGGGAAGCGUAUUAUAUUUAUUACCAGCGAUAAAAGAAAUGAGAAUUAUUUGAUUACUCGUGUAUUAAAGGUAAAACGUUUAGUAGAAAAAUAUUUUAAUAAAAAUUAUUUCAGGGGUGCAAAAGUCUUCAUGUGUUCGAAAUUCUUCCACAACCUAAAAAAGGGCAAAUAAUCGAAUCCGAGUUUUCAUGGCCCGAUUGGCCAUGUUUUAUCAAAAAAGAAAAAGACACUAUAGUGUUCACUAAAACACGUAAAGGAAUGAUUAGAGAGCCAACAAUCAAACGUAUUUUGACCAGCACAAACUCGGAUGGCAACAAAGUUUUCAAUGGAAUCGAAACUAUCUACGUGUCACGAGAUCAAUCGGAUGUCAAUCUUGACUCGAGUUUUGUCGAAAUUCCAGAAACACUCCGUGUUAUCGAAGCUGAUUAUUGUAUUGUUACUGAAGAAUGUAUGGAACUAUCGGAAUUUUACCAACCAGAUUUCAAUUUGAAUUAUGACACAUCCAGAAAUAUCAUCACUUGUGACAAUUUUUUCAUUGGAAUUGAGAAUGCUUUUGCGGCUGGAGAUUGUCGACUUGGUCAAUCUGUGCUUUCUUAUGCAAUUUUGGAUGGUAUUCGUGCUGCGAGACAAGUUCAUGAAUUUGUUCAACAUUUUUAUGACGAAGAUGUUAUGAGAUCAGUUCAUGAAGAAGACAAAGACGAAGAAUUUUCCGUUUGA